UGAAUAAUGCUGAUUUAUUUAGAGCGUAAAAAACGUCAGGUUUCGAAAAAUCCUAUUAAAAAUACUUUAGUGCAAUUUGUGACGGGUUUCAUUUUAGAAUUAUUUUAAAAUCUAUAGUUAAUUUUAUCAAAAAUCAAAUGAAUAAUAAAAAAGGGGGUGGUUUCAGGUAAUAACUAGAGGCUUUGUGGGUUAUAAAUAAACUUUAGUCCCAGUAAUAUUGAUUUUUCAUUAAGUUAUAGAAUAUAUGCUUUUAUUUAAAUAUAUUUUCGUAUUCUAUGAGCGGAAAGUUUUUUUUGUAUACAUGAGUUCAUAUUUUUUAAUAUACCGCCAGUAGUACAAUAAACGUUGACAAUUCUUUCUUGCAGAUAUUCAUGAUAAUAAAUAAUAUUUUGAAAUAAGUACAUCAUAUCUUGAAAAUUAUCAUUAGGCAUGGAGGAAGAAAAUGAAAGUAAAUCUCGGCCUGGUUUUUAUCAUGGACCUGUCAAAGGAUUGGGCGUUGCAAUUAUUUUGAUUGGCGUUAUCUGUAUUGGUAUGGGAAUCACGUCUUUGACGAUUGCGUUGGGAUCUGUAUGCAAAUACAGAAAUUACUAUUAUGAUGAAUAUGAUACACGCAGAAAUCAUGAGUCCACCCCAGCUCCUUAUGUGCACAUGUGUAACUACUAUGCCACAUAUUCAUCUCCUGGAAUUUGGUCAGGUCUUAUGUUUAUAGCAAGUGGAAUAAUUGGAAUAUUGGCCGCAAAGAGAAAGACAACAUGCUUUAUUGCCGUCAUGAUGAUUCUAAGUAUUCUCAAUGUUCUGGUUGCAAGUGGAGCAAUAACUGUCGCUGUCUUUUCCAUGUUCGAUAAAGACUAUAAUCAAAUCAAUAGCUACCCAACUGUGUUGUACAUAUUGAAUGCAUGCACUGGUUUAUUCUGCUUUGUGAGUGUCAUUGUAUCUUGGAUUACUUUUGGAUUUGGAUGUCGAGCUGUAUGUUGUGAUGGAAGGAAGAAAUGUCCAUCAUUUGGGCAAAAUGUACAAUACCAGCCUCUUUCCAACCCAAUUAUGAUGUCUUCAACAAGCCAGCUUGGUGGAAAUGAUCUGCAAGGUGAUGUUCCACCAUUGCCAGAAUUUCCUCAGACCAACAUGCAGCCAAUAUACCUUGUACAAGGUAAUCAAGUAAUUGGAAUUCUUCCACAAAAUCCAUCUCAGAUGACUAUGGGAUUGGCACCAGGAUAUUCUCCGCCACAGAUGAAACAGAUUUAAACAUGAGGAUAGAUGAUGACUGUAUCAACGUUUUUACAUAAUAGACCACACAUGCUAUGUCUUCAUCGGUAUUCUCCACAUAAUCAUUUGUCUUUAUAUAUGCUUUUGAUGUCUUUCUUGUGUCUGCUUUUUCUUGCAAAUCCAUUUUCUUGUCUCUACUGUAUAUACAAUAAUUUUUGCCUUAUUUUGCUAAUCAACUUAUAAUACUUAUGUAGCAAUUCCUAUAUUUUUUCGUUGCUAUUGACGGAUUCUUAAUGAAAAUGUUGCAAGUGGAUAUGUGUUCACAUUCCCACAGUUAUGUUCCAUAUGAAAUUUGUAGAAUAUUUUGAAUAAUUCUAUGGUAAAAAUAGCCUAUCUUUUCUUUGGGGGAUUAUACUUUUCCAAUCAGGAUUAAUAUAUAGUUUUGUUUAAUAUAAGAAGGUCAUAUUGGAGAAGUGUCUUAAUUAAAGAUUGCAUACAUUUGUCACGUAUUCUGGUAAUUAUAAUGCUUGAGUAUGUGAUAAACUAAUACAAUUGUCAAUAAUUGAUUUUGUCAUUUGCCACAAUUUUCAGUCUGCACCUCUUCCAAUUGAUU